AUGCAAGACCCUCGAGCGGAAUCUUAUAUGGAAGGUCACGAUUUAAAGAAUUUACUUAACGAACUCGAAGGUGGACUGCAACGUCACCAGCCAAGCGAUCCCUAUGAAUACAUCGUCGGUUGUGUGAAAUCGGUUCAACAGAAAGUUUUUGAAGGAUACGCCACUCAAGUUUAUGAUUCAUCUAGUGUGGCUAGCAUUCAACGAAACGGUUCGACAACGCCUGGGCAUCCGACAAAUAGAAAACGUCAAAGGUCUGAAGAAGAGGACUCAUUUAUGGAAAUUAGAACUCCACCUUAUUUUAUGGAUCAACAUGUUCCCCAUCAACGGCUUUCUGAUGAAGAUUCGUUUCAAUGGCGUCAAUGUUUACCUCCAUCGCCUCCGAAUCAUCUUUCUUCUCGUUUUAUUCGAAGCUACUCGAGUACCUUUCCAAGAAGAGGCCGUCGUAAUUCCGUUAGUGCCGAAUCAAUCAGACCUUCAGACGAUCCUAAUGAUCGUACGAUUCAUCCAAAAUCCGAAGAGGUGAGAAAACGAAUCAACGUCGCUACUACCCUGAACUUGCUUUUCAAGAAUUUAGAUCGUGAAACUAAAGAACAAAUAGAUGCUAUGUUUGAAAGAAUUGUUCACAAAGAUGAAACUAUUAUCACUCAAGGUGAAGAAGGUGACAAUUUUUACGUAAUCGAACAUGGCAUGUUCGAAAUUUUUGUCGAUGAUAAUUUAGUUCUGGUAGUUGCUGACGGCGGUAGUUUUGGUGAACUGGCAUUAAUGUACAAUAAUCCUAGAGCCGCUACUGUUAAAGCAAAAACUGAUGGUAUUUUAUGGGCUGUAAGCAGAGAUGACUUUAGGAGAACAAUUACAAAUGCCAUGAAUCGUCAACGAAAAACUUACGAAAGUUUUAUAAAAUCGGUUUCGUUCCUUUCUUCUUUGAAUAAAUCCGAGAUUAAUAAACUUGCCGAAGCCUUAGAACCAUUUAAUUAUGAAUGUGGUGAUACGAUCAUCACUCAGGGCGAACCUGGCGAAUAUUUUUACAUCGUCGAACAAGGUUAUGUGAGUGUAUGUAAAGUCGAAGAAAAUGGUAUCGAGCAACAAUUACCGAACCUUGGCCCGGGAGAUUAUUUUGGGGUAGAACUCGCUCUUCUUAAUGAUCAACCACGUAAAGCCACUGUUGUUGCCCGGGGCCCUGUUCGCGUCGCCGCCCUCAAACGUGAUGCUUUCGUUCGUCUUUUGGGUUCUGUUAUGGAUAUUUUCCGCAGAAAUGCCCAAGGAUACAAUAUGAAUCCAGAAAGUAGUAAUUAUACUACACAUUAUGAUAACAACACAACUCAAUAUGAUAACAACACAACUCAUUAUGAUAAUAAUACGCAAUAUGAUAAGUCUUAUUCUUCUUUUCCCGAACAUUCGGAAGAAAACAACAUACAGGGUCACGGUAGUGGUGACGAAAGUAUGGCUAUGGAUGAGGAUUACAUUUCACCUACCUCUACCAAUUCAACUCAUACUACCGCUAAAAAAUGCGGAUACAGUGGAGCUGGUGGUGUUGACGUGUUAUAA